GCGCUUCAAAUAGCACGCACUUUUUGGAUUUGUGGUUUUGCCGUACAACAACAGAAAUGGCCUCUUCCCAGGAUGUCCACGUCCGAAUUUGUGGACAAGAAAUAAUCAAAUAUGAUCUAGAAAUUAAAGCUCUCAUUCAGGACAUUAGAGAAUGUCCGGGGCCACAAAGUGUGUUGAUGGAUUUCAACUCCCAAGUAAAAGAGAGAUUCAAUCAGCUACGACUGAGAAUCCAGAAUAUGGAGCAAAUGGCCAAGGAACAAGACCGAGAAACAGAAAAACAAGCCAUCUUGAGUGAGACCGAGAGUAAUCGUAGACAGAUGCUGAGUAACCAGACAGCUUGGAGGAAGGCAAACCUGGCAUGUAAACUGUCCAUUGACAACCUUGAGAAAGAUGAGCUGUUGUAUGGUGGAGACUCCACUGUGCGACAACGAAAAGCAACUAAGGAGAGUUUGGUCCAGACAUCCGGUGAUAUCACAGAGAGCCUGAUGAGCAUCAGUCGUAUGAUGGCUCAGUCGGUGUCGCAGAGCGAGGAGACCAUCGGCACUCUGGCUACGUCCUCAAGAACAGUCCUGGAAACUGAUGAAGAGUUCAAAGCCAUGACAGGAACCAUACAUUUAGGAAGGAAACUGAUCUCAAAAUAUAACAGACGAGAAUUGACUGACAAACUACUCAUCUUUCUAGCAGUGGCUUUGUUUUUAGCAACUGUCCUGUACAUUUUGAAAAAAAGGCUGUUCCCAUUCAUUUAGAGAAAAUUGUGAGCAGUUUCCUGUUCUUCAUUUUUUUUUUUUGGCCCUUGAUAUUUCUGUCCAAAACUGUCUGUAAUAUAACUACAGUCAUGCCUUUCUAACCUUUCAAUAAGUUUUUCUUGCCAUACAGUCUUGUGCAUUUCCAUUAUGCACCUUCCCCAGACUACAGGACUGUCUACAGGACUGUGUCAGACUAAUUUUUAAAUGUUAUUUAACCUUUAUUUAACUAGGCAAGUAAGUUAAGAACAAAAUUCUUAUUUACAAUGAUGGACUAGGAACAAUGGGUUAACUGACUUGUUCAGGUGCAGAACGACAGAUUUUUACCUUGUCAGCUCAGAGAUUCGAUCUAGCUACCUUUCGGUUACUGGCCCAGAACUGUGUCAGACUGUCUGCAGAACUGUGUCAGACUGUCUGCAGAACUGUGUCAGACUGUCUGCAGAACUGUGUCAGACUGUCUGCAGAACUGUGUCAGACUGUCUGCAGAACUGUGUCAGACUGUCU